AUGACAAUACUAAACACUAUCAUCUUACCAUAUGUAACCGCCAAAUCGAUCAUAAACUCCACUGUGAAACCGAAUCUUAUCUCUGUAGUUUUCUUUACUCGACUUGUAUUUCUCUUUCUGCCGUCACCAUUCUCUCUUUCCUCCAAUCUCUCCUCCCUUUCUAGUUUUUAUCAUCUCGAGUUUUUACCUCUCUCUUUCAAUACAUUCCUUUAUUUGCAUGUCUCUUUCUUUCUUCGCACUCUCUCUUUUUCGAUUUUCGGCUUAGUUUUAUAUGGCGCAACUCCCAAUAGUACAGUCCUCUAUGAGGCAAGUUAUUUGUUUUUUUCUUUCUCUUCUCUUUUCUCUCCCCCACUCACUCGUGUCUCCAGUCACUCCUUUUUUCUACUCGAUUUUCUUGUUCCCCCGUUUUAUUUCUUUCAUAAUAUCGUGUUUUUACCUUUUCAAAUCGACUGUCUCUCUCGCAGAAAUACCACCCGUCCCUUGCACACAAUCGCAUCAUGUUUCCUUCCUCUGAUUCUCUCACCUCAUCGUCUUCAAAGAAGCGGCGCGAUUAUAUCGAUCAGAAAUCGAAAGCCUUAUAACAUGAACGGAGGAUUUAAAUUAAAAUCAUUUCUCGCUUCAAUUAAUUUUGCGUUUAUUGAGAUAGGCUUGCGAGUGUUAAGUCGAGAAAGAAAAGGGAAGACAAUGGUGGAAAAACCGUGUUAA